AUAGCCAUCUUCACAUCCGUUUUGAGUUGCAUGACAAAGCUGGUGGAAAUUGUAGAACGUAAACCAUGAGUUCUAUAGGAACAGGAUAUGAUUUGUCAGCAUCACAGUUUUCACCAGAUGGUCGGGUAUUUCAAGUUGAAUAUGCACUUAAAGCUGUUGAAAAUAGCGGAACUGCAGUUGGUAUCAGAGGAAAAGAUGGAGUUGUGUUUGGUGUAGAAAAACUCGUUACAUCAAAGCUGUAUGAAGCUGGAGCAAAUAAACGAAUCUUCAACAUUGACAGACAUAUAGGACUUGCAACAGCAGGACUGAUGGCUGACUCGAGAGCAAUAGUAGAGACAGCCAGAGAAGAAGCUUCUAAUUAUAGAUACAAUUAUGGAUCUCCCAUCCCACUCAAGCACUUAACAGAUCGAGUGGCGGGGUAUGUCCACGCCCACACCCUGUACAGUAGUGUCCGUCCCUUUGGUGUCAGCCUCAUUGUGGGCAGCUACACCCCAGAAGAUGGGCCACAGAUGUAUAUGAUAGAUCCAUCAGGAAUCUCAUGGGGAUAUCAUGGAUGUGCAACAGGAAAAGCAAAACAGGCAGCCAAAACAGAAAUAGAAAAAUUAAAGAUGAAAGACAUGCCUAUAGGUGACUUAGUGAAAGAAGUUGCUAAAAUAAUUUACAUUGUGCAUGAUGAAGUGAAAGACAAGAACUUUGAGUUAGAACUAAGCUGGGUUGGAGAUGUGACUGGGGGAAAACAUGAACUGGUCCCACAGAAUGUGUUUGCCGAGGCAGAGAAAUUUGCAAAGGAGGCUCUAGAGGAAUCGGACGAUUCAGACGAGGAAGAACUAUGAGAAAUGUUAGCACUUUAGAUAGAACAACACUAGACACUGGAGUCUCACUCUGAUACAGAUUUCAAGUGCUAUAAAUAGUGCUCACAAGACUCCAUCUCAUUUCUGAUCAAAUCAUUCAUAUCUGUUAGUGUACUACUAUUAAAUGUCAUUUAAUAAUGAA